AUGCUAUCAGACGACAUGUUCCCUCAGGAGAAGCUCUUUGCCGAGAUAGAGGCUCAAUUCCUCCAAUAUGCAGGGGCCGAAAAUUUCCAAUUCAUCAAAGGAACGGCCAUGAAGUUCAAUCAUGCACAGCGCACUGUCACCAUCAAAACGGAGAGUACCGACGCUUUACAGGAAUUGUCUUUCCAUGGUUUGGUCAUUGCUACUGGUGCUUCUACGCCCUCCCCCUUGCUUGGGUUGAUCAAAGAUGAGACGCUUCUCCGCGCAUGCUGGAGCUCUCUCAGAAAAGCACUCCCUGGAGCCAAGAACAUCGUUAUAUCAGGGGGAGGCCCAACCAGCAUUGAGACAGCUGGAGAGCUGGGCGAGUACCUGAACGGACGAUCCGGUACCUUCAGCUCAGGACAAUCUCAACUCCGUGUCAACAUCACCGUCAUCACGAGUAGCUCAAGAGUCCUCCCGGCUUUACGCCAAGGUAUCGCUGACAAGGCCGAGAAGCUUCUAGCGGGUGUUGGCGUGACAGUCAUCAAGCAUGCCCGGGUUAAGACUGUGAUACCUGCCCAGGCCGGGAGGAAUCUCGAGAUGCUGACCUCCAAGGCCACGGUCGUCCUCGACGAUGGGAAAACCAUCGAUGCAGAUUUAUACAUACCGGCGACGGGAACAACACCGAAUACUGGCUUCAUCUCCGACACAUCUCUGAUAACCGCUGACGGCCGCGUUGACACCAAUCCAUCAACAUUGCGUGUUGACCGCGCCGGCCCCAACGCUCGAAUCUAUGCCAUUGGGGAUGCCAGCUCGUACGCGCGCCCUGCAAUUCACAACAUCCUGUCGGCAGUCCCUACCCUGUGUGCGAGCAUAAAAAGUGACCUGCUGCUUCAGGGAGGUCAUCGGAAGGACUUGUCAUCCGGAGCUGGCCAUGCCUUCAAGGAAGAUAUGAGAGAAACACAACUGGUACCCAUAGGAAGAGGCAAGGGAGUUGGUGCAGCUGUGGGAUUUCAGCUACCCAGUUUCCUGAUAUGGUUGCUAAAGGGGAGGGACUACUGGCUGUGGACAACCGAGAACCUAUGGAAUGGCAAGAAAUGGAACAGGGAAUCUUGA